UGUGAGCUAACAUAUUCGUGUACACUCAAAACAAAAUUCAAAUUCUCAACCCAACCAACCAGAAAAAUAAACUCUGCAAAGUCAAAGUUCCACUAGGUAACGACGGAGGGAGAGAGAGACAGAAAGUUCGAUGAUGGGAAGCGACUCAACAUGGGUCGGACGGAAACCAGUGAGACGCCUCGGUGGGAUGUCAGAUGCCCUUUCUAUUGCCGCCGAUCUGGGCUUCGCCGUCUCUCCCCCUCCUUCCCAGGAGGAGAUCCAAAGUUUGUCCAGUGGCUCUGGUGAAAAAAGUGAUGACUUGAUAAGGGUUUUGAAGGAGCUUACUGCUGUCCAAAGAAAAAUAGCAGACUUGCAAGUAGAGCUUCAGGGUAGAAAGGAGGACAAGAAUGUUGCCCAUCUAACACAUGUUAGUGAAAUGGAAAAAAAGAUUGAGACUUUGGCCAGGAUCACUACUAUAUUGAAAGAUGUUAUUCAGAACAAGGACCGGAUAAUUGCUCGGCUUCAACAACCAUAUUCAUUGGAUUGCAUUCCGGUGGAAGCAGAAUAUCAGAAACAAUUUUCUGAGCUGCUUAUGAGAGCUGCCAGCGAUUACAGUGCACUCACGGCAUCUGUCGCAGAUUUCCAAUGGAGCCAGAAUUUUAAAGAUCCACCAACAAUAUGGGCAGAAAUGCUUCGCCCGAUUCCAGUUGCUCUGGCAUCAUGCACCAGAUUCUUUGAAGCCAUGUCAGCAAUGAGGGAGUCGUUUGCCACACUUCAAGCUUUAAGGGUCGGGCAUCCUUCGUCACCAAGCAGCAGCAAGGAUCCAUCGCAAAGGGGACCAAGGAAUUCAGAUUUUGUGACUCCUCCACCCUGGAGAACCGAAACAAGUUUUGAUGAUUUGGCCAUUAGAAGUCUGAGGCAAGAAAACGAGCAGCAAGAAGUGUCAAGUAGUGAACAUGGAGAGGUUGAGAGCCGCAGAUUAUCAUGGCCUCCUUCAGUUAAAAAAGUUGGUAUAUAACCCCACUACCACGUAACUGGGCUAAAAAUGUGGGAAUGAAAUGUUGUGUAUCAUUCUUCUUCUUCCAAAUACAGUCUACUGAACCAAUGAGCUAAGCUCCGGGCAAAUGUUGUGUAUCCUAAUAUAUGUACCUAUUGCCUUUUGCUGCAAAUUAUGUUUGAUUGUGUCA